AUGAGACUUUGUGUAGACAUGAGGCAAGCAAACACCGCUAUCAUUCGCGAAAGACAUCCAAUCCCUACAGUUGAUGAAGUCAUCCACGACCUUAAUCAGAGCACUGUUUUCAACAAACUAGACUUGAAAUGGGCUUUCCACCAGAUAGAACUAAGUGAGGCUUCAAGACCAAUCACCACAUUCGUGACGCACAAAGGGUUGUAUCGUUACAAGCGCCUGAUGUUCGGGAUAAGCUGCACACCGGAAAUGUACCAGCGGAUCAAACAAGCGUUGCACGGCUGUACAGGGGUAAGAAACAUAUUUGAUGACAUAAUCGUCCACGGCAAAACAAAGCAGGAACUUGAUGAAAAUCUAGAAGGACUGUUUGUCAGAUUGCGUGAAAAAGGAUUGACCUUGAAUGACGACAACUGCAAACUAAACUUACAAGAGCUGGAGUUUAUGGGCCAUAUAUUGUCAUCAAAGGGUAUAAGUCCCGAAGAUAGAGAUGCUAGUCCAGUUGACACAGUAUUGACACAAGUACAAAAUGGCGAGAAUCGCAUCAUCUGUUAUGCCAGUCGUAGCUUAACUGACGUGGAGCGGAGAUACACUCAAACAGAAAAAGAGGCAUUAGGGAUUGUUUGGGCUUGUGAAAGAUUCAGAAACAUUGCUGACUCAUUGUCAAGAUUGACAAAGAUAGGUGGUAAUCUGGAAAGCGAUACUGCAUCCGACAGUGGAAGCUACAUAAGACUAGUAGCACAGCAUUCAUGUACUAAUGCAUUGUCAACCCGAGAAAUAGAACGCGAGUCAGCUAAAGACCCUGAACUCACUAGAGUUCGUGAACAUUUGAGGAAUAAUAACUGGAAAAAGAACGAGAAAAAAGCAUAUCAACUUAUUAAAGAUGAACUAUGCGUAGUUGGGAAACUUAUUCUGAGGGGCACCAGAAUAGUUUUUCCGGAGUCAUUGAGAGAACAAGUGUUGAAACUGGCCCAUGAAGGACAUCCUGGGAUUGUUGCCGCAAAGCGAAGAGUUCGCACAAAAGUAUGGUGGCCAGGAAUUGACAGAGAUGUUGAGAGAUACUGCAGAACUUGUCGGUCAUGUCAGAUAGUUGGAUUGCCUCCACCGCCUGAACCAGUACAGAGCACUGACUUACCAAGUGGACCAUGGCAGCAAAUUGCAGUUGAUCUGAUGGGACCAUUGCCAUCAGGGGAUUUUCUGUUUGUAGUAGUCGAUUACCACUCUAGAUAUUUUGAGGUUGAAGUGAUAAAGAGUACGACAACUGACAACAUCAUCAAAAGACUAAAGAAAAUAUUUCUCACGCAUGGGUUGCCAGUUCAAAUUUCAACGGACAAUGGACCACAAUUUGGCGACCAGUUCACAAUAUAUCUUGCAGGUGAGAACAUCAGUCAUCGGAAGACAACACCGCUGUGGCCUCAAGCUAACGGUGAGGUGGAAAGACAAAACCACUCCCUUAUGAAAAGGCUUAAAAUAGCACAAGUGGAAAAGAGAGACUGGAGAGAGGACUGUCUGAUUAUCUGA